AUGGCUACGGUCCCAGGUGCCCAGGCCCAGCAACGCCCGAUAUGGGCAAUCUUUGGCGUUGAUCUUCUCUCUGCGACAUGUGCCUCGGCCCUCGUCUCACCAUGGGUCACGGCAAUUGACGUCGUGGUUGUCCGCAAAGCAGCUACUGGAGCCUCACUGGGUGAAACUGUACGGUCCUUUCUCUGCAGGCCCAAGAUGCCGCCAGUUGGAGGAAUCAUCAUUCCAUUCCUCGUCUACUUUGGAACAUAUUCAACAGCCAACUUGUCCGAUUCCAUAUAUGCCGCUUCAAACGACCUGGACAUUACCGCAAUUUCCUCUACUAUGCCCAAGUUUCUUGCUACAACCGCCGUCAGCACUGGGCUUUGCGUCUACAAAGACGGAUACUUUGCAAAACUUCUAGGGUCUUCUGCCGUCAAAGCAGCUGUUCCACGACGGAGUUUUGCUCUAUUUACGACAAGAGACGCUGUUACCGUCUUUGCGUCUUUCAACAUGCCAAGCAUCAUUGCCGCUAAACUGCACCAACUUCCCGUAAAUGGCCCACUGUCCUCUCUGGUCAGCUCAGAGGAGGCAAGCUUCAGGACAGCCCAGAUGAUUAUGCCAGCUGCUAUUCAGGUUGUCAGCACACCGAUCCAUCUAUUGGGCUUGGACUACAAUAAUCGACAAGAGAAGCUGCCUUUCAAGGAGAGGCUAGCUGCCAUUAGGCAGCAUGUUCACGUUGCAACCCCCCUACGGAUGAUGCGCAUCAUUCCAGCUUUUGGAAUCGGUAGUGUGGCCAACACCAGUUUUAGACGAUCAAUGUUAUCCGGUUUUCCUUGA